GUUCGUUUAAUUCAUGUUAAGAAUAUUUGUUGUUUUUCACGUACUUUAAUGUGAUUUCGUUGUUGUUAUUUUUAAAUUAAAUAAGGUCUCAGACGAUGUUAUUCGAAACAAUUGAUUAGUCGUGCUUACUGCAGCAGUGAGCUAUACAAAGUGUUACAGUCUUCAAUAUUCCAAUAAAUCUUAUUACAUAAAGUACAUCGCAAUUAGAGAACAGCAACACACAAAGGAAAUUAAAAAAUAUUUCCAACCCAUUUAAAUUCGUUCGAAAUCCGAAAUUGUAAAGAUGCAAAAUUAUAAGUAUCUGGUUUUUACAUUCUUUUGCAUUAGUGCAAUAAAUUGUGAUACUAAAGUUGGAGCACCUACUUAUGUAAAAGCGGAAGACGCAGAAAUACAUUCCUAUGUUAAAUCAAAGCUGACUGAGUCAUUGAAGCAACUAAAAGGUCAAGAAGAUGGUACCGAUCUUUGUUUAAUAGAAAUUUCAUCGCUGAAAGAGCAAGUGGUCGCUGGAAAGAAGUAUAUUUUUAACGCUGAACUGCAACAUUGUGCUGAUAAAACCCCGAAAAAUUGUAAAGUAACGAUAUGGGAACAACUAUGGUUACAAACUCAUGACACCAAAAUGGAUUGUGAUGAUACAACCAAAUAUCGAGUUAAAAGCGAGGGCAAGCGUUCAAAGCGAGCUUUAAAAACAAAAGAAACGACCAAAAAACCAACUCUCAUCGGUGGUCCUACAGAAGUUGAUAAAGAAACACUUGAUGAAUUAAAACAGAAUAUCACUGAAUGUUUUGUGCAAUCACAAUCCGAUAACAGUAAACCACUCGAAUUGAAAGAAGUAUAUAACGCCACGCAAAAAAUUGUUAGUGGUAUUUUGUACACCGUUAGAUCGUCGAUCGAUUCAGGUAAUGGACCACAAAGAUGCAAUAUUGAGGUGUGGGUCAAACCAUGGAUUGAUUUUCGAGAAGUCUCUGUAAAUUGUGAAAAUGGGGAAAAAUUUCAAAUUAAAAGUACCUCUCGUCCAAAACGAUUGGCACAAUUCCGUCCACUUAUCGACGAAAACGAAUCAACCAUCGAUGAAUUAGACGGUGAUUCAGAUGAAUCGCAUUUCAGCCGUUUCAAGCGCAGCUUUGGCCGUGUAUAUCGAAAUGCUGAUGAAGAGGCUAAGCGCUUCCGUAUUUUCCAAAAUAAUCUCUAUUUAAUUCGUCAAUUGAAUAAAUUUGAACAGGGUUCGGCUGUUUAUGGUGUUACUGAUUUUGCCGAUUUAACACAAGAUGAAUAUUUUCACCGCACUGGUUUACUGAAACGAAACCAAGAAGAUAAUAAUGAAAUUCAAAAUCCAUUGGCCGAAAUUCCAGAUAUUAAAUUACCAAAAAGCCAUGAUUGGCGUGAUAAAAAUGCCGUCACUCCGGUGAAAAAUCAAGGAAAUUGCGGUUCGUGUUGGGCAUUCAGUGUCACAGGCAACAUUGAAGGGUUAAAUGCAAUUAAAACGGGUGAAUUAAAAUCGUUCUCUGAACAAGAAUUGGUUGAUUGUGAUGAUUUGGAUGCUGGAUGUAACGGUGGUUUACCUGAUAAUGCAGUUAAGUUCAUCGAAAAAGAAGGUGGCCUUGAAUUUGAAACAGAUUAUCCAUACACUGCACACCGAUCAAAGGCAUGCAAUUUCAAUGAGUCAUUGAGUCGCGUUCGAGUCUCUGGUGUCGUUGAUUUUACUAAGGGCGAUGAAGAUGGUAUGGCAAAAUGGCUAAUAUCAAAUGGUCCAAUUUCGAUCGGCAUAAACGCAAAUGCAAUGCAAUUUUAUCGUGGAGGCAUCAGUCAUCCAUGGAAGGCAUUAUGCAGUCCAUCAUCACUUGAUCAUGGAGUUUUAAUAGUCGGUUUUGGUGUUGCCGAAUAUCCAGCUUUUAAGAAAACAAUGCCAUAUUGGAUAAUUAAAAAUUCAUGGGGACCCAAGUGGGGCGAACAAGGGUACUAUCGCGUUCAUCGUGGUGAUAACACUUGCGGCGUUAGUUCAAUGGCAAGUUCGGCUGUCUUAGCAAAGUCCAGCUAUUUCAUAAUGUUGAUCCAAAGGUCCGCAUCAUUUUUAGCAUCAGUAUUUGUGAUAAUAUUGUAUGUGACCACAAUAAAUGGGAUACCACAGCUCGGUAGUGAAAGUCCUGUUGUUGAUCAGGGCACAAUUGAACACUUAAAAAAGAAUAUUAGUGAUUAUUUGGUGGAACUUGAACAUGGUGGAAGUCCUCAAAUGCAAUUGAAACAAAUCUAUAGCGCCUCAAAACAAACCGUCACGGGAACACUUUACACGGUUGAGGCUCUGUUAGCCACCCCUGAUGGCAAUAAAAAAUGUAAUAUUCGGGUAUUAGAAAAACCAUGGCUCGAUUUUUGUAAGGUAUCAUUGACAUGCGAAAACGGUGGUUAUUAUGAAGUUACAUUUAAUCCAAAACAAGACAACAUACAAAAUCAACCCAUCGCAAACUAUUUCCCCACUUCCGCAUUCCAAAAGCCAGUUGAGGUGCAAAAACCGCAGAGCGCUCCAUUUAAACCUCAACAAACAUUUGUUUUUAAAGCUCCACUUACAACACCAGCACCGCAAAAAUUCGAUUUUAAACCUCAAACAUUUUCGCAAUUCCCAGUGAAUAAUUUUGUAAAAACUCAAAGUCAAUCCCAUGUCGCAGCAACAUCUACCUUUAACGCACCACCUACAACACGGGCCCCACAAAAAUUCGAAUUUAAACCUCAAGUAUCAUCGCAAUUCACAUCAAAUAAUUUUAUUAAACCGCAAAAUUUGGUGUCAGUCCCACAAAAAUUCGAAUUUAAGCCACAAGUUCCAUCGCAAUUCGCAGCUAAUAAUUUUGUUAAACUCCAAAGUCAAUCCCAUGUUACAGCAGUACCCGCUUUUAAAGCACCAUCUACAACACGAGCCCCAGUAAAAUUAGAAUUUAAACCUCAAGUUCCAUCACAAUUCACAGCAAAUAACUAUGUGAAACCACAAAAUUUGGCCCCCGCUCCACAAAAAUUCGAAUUCAAACCUCAAGUACCAUCGCAAUUCACAGCAAAUAACUAUGUGAAACCUCAAAGUCAGUUCAAUGUUGGUGUAACAUCUGCUUUUAAAGCACCAACUACAACACAGCCACCAGCCAAAUUCGAAUUUAAACCGCAAGUUCCAUCGCAAUUCGCAGCAAAUAAUUAUGUGAAGCCACAAAAUUUUGUGUCAGCCCCACAAAAAUUCGAAUUUAAACCUCAAGUUCCAUCGCAAUUUACGGCAAAUAAUUUUGCAAAACCUCAAAGUCAGUCACCUGCAUUUAAAGCCCCACCUACAACACGGGCCCCACCAAAAUUCGAAUUUAAACCUCAAGUAACAUCACAAUUCCCAACAAAUAACAACGUUAAACCGCAACAUUUUACACCAGCUCCACAAAAACUCGAUUUUAAGCCCCAAACACAGACAAAUCAACAGACACCGUUUGAGUUUAAGCCUCGGCCCGUCCAAAAUGUGCCAGCUGUUCUCCCCUUUGUUGAUAUUCUUCCUCCAGCACCACAACAUCAGUUUGAACCAAAUCAAUUUAAACCAGAAAUCCCACCAAAAGCAAAUGAUAUACCACAAGCAGUGCCACACACCCCCGCACCCGCAUCCAAACCAGUAUCAUCAGUAUCAUUGCCAGCAGAACUAAAUGUGUUGCCUCUUAAUCAAUUGCCAAAAGGUGAAGCAUUGAACACAUAUUUGUAUGGAUUGUUCCAAGAUUUUAUGAAAGUCUACGAUCGUGAAUAUAUAAAUGAACCUCACGAAAUGCAACAUAGAUUCGAUAUCUUUAAGGAUAAUUUCAAGCAAAUGGUCGAAUAUAUUAAAGUUGAUCAAGCGGCCGAAUAUUCCAUUACACAGUUUUCUGAUUUAUCUCAAUCGGAAUUUGAGAGAAAUUUGGGUUUCGACACGGGCCUUUUCAAUGUAACAGUAAGUAAAGAAAUCUCCGGCCAUGGACAAUCAUCCGGCGAUGGACAAUCAUUUGGCGAAGGACAAUCAUUCGGUGAAGGACAAUCAUCCGGCGAAGGACAAUCAUCCGGAAAGGAUGAUGAAAUUCCAGAGAAAUAUGAUCAACGUGAUGAUAAUCUUGUAACACGUGUAAAGCACCAAGGCGACUGCGGUGCUUGUUGGGCUUUCAUUACGUCAGCCGUCAUUGAAGGAUUGUGUGCAAAACGCACAAAAAAAUUGCAAGAAUUCUCCGAACAAAGUUUGAUCGAUUGUGAUGACAGUAAUUUUGGUUGCAAAGGUGGUGUACCACCAAAAGCAUACAAACACAUCUUCAGUCGUGGUGGAUUAGAAUUGGAAUCGGUGUAUCCAUAUGUAUAUGGAAAAUCUACAUGCCAUUUUGAUCGGAAAACGGUAAAAGUCAAGGUAUCCGGUGGCAAAAAUUUCAAGAAAGGCGAUGAAGAAGAUAUGGCAAAAUGGGUGUAUAAAAAUGGCCCCAUUGCGAUUGGUAUCAAUUCAGCUCCGCUCAAAUAUUACAAACGUGGCAUUUUAAAUCCAUCACCGUCAUUAUGUUCAACAAAAAAAAUCGACCAUGGACUAACCCUCAUAGGAUACGGCGUUGAAGUCAACAAAGCCACCGGCGAGAAAACAAAGUACUGGAUAGCAAAGAAUAGCUGGGGUACCACUUUUGGAGAAGAUGGAUAUGUGCGCAUCAUUCGUGGUAAAAACGCAUGCGGACUUGCAUUGUGGGCGACAUCAGCCAAACUAGCAAAUGUAGAAAAUAACUGUUUGCUGCAAGGUGCUUGAAAACACUCCAUACAUAGAUGUUACUCAUAGGCGACAAGUUUUAGAUAAAAACAAAACAUAACAACAUUUACUCAUUAUAGAAACUUGUAGUUGUCUUGCUUUGCCAAUGCCAAAAAGUGAGAUUAAUCUUUAUUGCAUUAAAAGAUGUUCGAAGAAAAAUUAUAGAUCGUCAAAAUAAAAACAUAUUUUUUACAUA